GAGCUACGAUAUAUGAGCGGAGUUCGAGUUUGGCAGCUCCUGAUUUUCUGGUUGGAAGGCGCACACGUUUUUCACGGUGUUUGGUUCAGUUUGGAAAAGAUAGACAAUAAAGCUCAAUCAAACAUCCGUUGGAUCGUGGUUUUUCUGACCAGAAAGAAAAGCUUUGGGAGCAGCUACAGUGAAAAACGUGACCCACCUUUGAAAAGGUGUCCACGUGAAGUGAACGUGUUCAUGCAGUGGAACCCGGAAGAAGGAGAAGCGAUCCACGAAAGAAAACGACGUGGACAGCGGGAGUAAGGGCAACGAGGUUCGCCAGCCGUCCUGUGAAGAUCCGAAGGACUGCACCUCUGAAGCAUUCUCUACGCAUAGUAGGCCUGUGUGAGGACCUCCUUUCCCUCUGGCAUUCAUCCAGCGCGACACCGCGAGCGGCAGACCAGUGCGAACAAAGCGCAAGAAGAUGACGGCGCUGCAGAUGCUACAAGAGGCCACAGGGUAGCAGCAGCGUCACAUGAACAAUUCAGCUAACGAAUAUUAUUAAGGACAACAGGUCAGACUGUAUAUUUUCCAUUGUGUUUUUGGUUGAUUGAACUGAAUGUUUUUACUCUUCAAGUUAUUAUUAGAAAAGAAAAAAAGGACUUACAUUUUGAAAAAGUGUAAAUUUAACCGAAAUACGUAACUUGUUUGCAUUUCAUAUUGAGUGUUUUUAUGACAGUUCUGUAUUGUUGUAAGCCAUCAUACUAGUGUAACAAAAUGGAACAGUUCGGACCAGAUACUUUUGUACUAGAGGGAGUACUAGAGGCUCUGGAAAAAGAAAAAGAAGAGUUAGAGGAAAAAUUAGAAACUGAAAUUGAAGAGUCAGAAAGACAGGAUAUUGAAGAACGCAUAGCUGAAAUUAAUACCGAUCUUCAAAUCCAUAAAAUAGUGCUCAAGGAGCCAGCACCUCAGACUGAAGGAACAGUGAGGCGAUCAGAAAGAAAGAAGCAUCCUACAGAAAAGGGGCUUGAAUACAUAAAAGAGGAGAGUUCAAAAAAGGAAAAGAAGUUUAUGUUUACAUAUGUCAACUUCAAGGCUGAGGUUCAGUAUACUAGGACUAAAUUAAAGGAAGAAUGCUCUAAAGCAGAAUUAGGUGAAAUGAUUCUAGCUUUAAGUAAAUAUGAGCCAAUACUAAAGCAAGAAUAUGAGAGCUUGCGCAUACUGACCACACCAUCUCCAGAUAUCAGGAGAAGAAUGGAUAGCUGCACUUCAGUGACAACAGAAAUUAUUUCACUCCUGAAAAUACGCUACUCAGAAGCAGAUAAAGAGUUUGAUCCAGAGACUGUGAAAGAAGGACUCUUGAAAUUACUCCAAAGAGAAGAUGCCAGGUCAAUUUAUGGCUCAACUGUGUCAAGAGCUGCAGGGAGUAGUCUGCAAGGUAGUCAGGUGUCACUAAAGAAGGCAGAGGUGGCAGCGCGAUUGGCGUCAAAACGUGCUGAAGUUACCAGGGAAAAGGAAAUAUCUGCACAAAGGAAAGAGGUGUUGGCACAGCAAGAGAGGUUAAAAAUUAUGGAGGAUCAAAGGGAUCUUGAGGCCAUGGAGGCUGAAUACAAGGUGUAUGCUGAAGAGGAAUCAAAAUUAAAUGCUGAAAUAGGAGAUACUAGAGAAAUAUUCCCAAUGCCUCCCCGUCAGCUUCCAAUACAGCAUAACCGCAUCUCAUGCAUUCAGGCUUCCCAAGAUCUCUCAGGCCCGCUAAGCUCUGAAAGCAAAGUAGCACCAACAUCGAAUGAAGCCACGCUAGUUCAAGCCUUAAAAGAGUCCCUGGUAAUGACUAGACUUCCAGCACCAGAGCCAUUCACGUUUACAGGAGACCCACUCAAAUUCACUGAGUGGCGCACUAGCUUCAAAGCCUUAAUUGAAACAAGUUGCUUAAACCCAGCACACAGGCUCUACUAUUUGAAAAAAUACAUUAGUGGAGAAGCGCUUUGUGUGUUAGAAGGGACAUUCUAUCGGAGUGACGAAGAAGCUUAUACACAGGCUUGGGACGCCCUGGACAAACGUUAUGGCCACCCCUUCGUUGUCCAAAGAGCAUUCCGGGGGAAGCUGAGCAACUGGCCUAAAAUUGGACCGAAGGAAUCUCUGAAAUUAAGAGAAUUCAGUGAUUUCCUCAUCUCAUGCAAGAAUGCAAUGCCUCACGUAGCUGGUCUAAUGGUGUUGGACGAUUGUGAGGAAAAUCAAAAACUGCUACAGAAGCUUCCUGACUGGUUAACAACCCGCUGGAACCGACAUGUGACUAAAGCAUUAGACGAAGGGAAAUUAUAUCCUGGCUUCAAGGAGUUUUCAGGUUUUGUGGCAGAAGAGGCACGUAUUGCGUGUAACCCAGUCUCAUCUCUUCAUGCACUGAAACAUAUAGAUGAGAAAAUUGAUAAGGAACAGAAGCGUCCCAAGGCCAACUCUCUGGUGACAACAACAAAGGUGCACCAGAAGGAAAACUUCACUAAGAAGAGCUCAAGCCAAUCAGAGGGUUCUACAGCCAACCCUUCUGCCUCUCAAACCAAAAGGUUCAUAGAAUGUAUCUGCUGUCAAGAAAAUCACUUUAUUUACAAAUGUGAAAAAUUUGCAGCAAUGCCUCUAGAAGAGAAGAACAAAUUUGUCAUCAGUAACAAUAUGUGUUUCGGUUGCCUCAGAGUAGGUCAUGUUGCCAAAAACUGUCGAAAGAGGGCUAUUUGUAACAUCUGCAGGCGGAAUCAUCCAUCUCCACUCCAUGAGGAACGAGCUCCAGGUGAAAGACAAGAAGUACCACCGCAAAAGGAAAGUUCUUCCAUUAACUUAUGCAGUGUGAGAAAGAACAGUGGUGAUCGCACUUCAAUGAUUGUCCCAGUGUGGCUUUCUAGCACAGCUAAGAAUAGCAGAGAAAUCUUGGUUUAUGCAUUACUAGAUACACAGAGCAGUAAUACCUUCAUAGACCAAGAUGUCUGCCAAAAAAUUCAAGCGCACACAGAACCUGUCAAAUUAAAGCUGUCAACAAUGACUGACAAGAGUUCAAUAGUGAAUUGUCACAGAGCAGUUGGAUUGAAGGUGAGAGGGUAUUGUUCACAAGAGUGCAUUGAACUACCACCAGCCUACACGCAGGACUACAUCCCGCUGGAGAAAAAUAGUAUUCCAACCCGUGAUACAGCAUCAAGAUGGGUUCACCUUCUCAGUGUGGCCGAAGAGAUGCCAGAUUUGUUGAAUUGUCCUGUAGGACUACUGAUUGGCUAUGACUGUGCAAGGGCUCUAAAACCAAAAGAAGUGAUGUCAGGGGAAGAGCAUGAACCCUACGCAGUCAAGACAGCGUUGGGCUGGAGUAUAGUUGGAGCCACUAUGCCUUGCACUAAUACAAGAAAUGAGACUGGAUUCUGCCAUCGCAUUUCUGUGAAAGAACUUCCACCCAUCACACCCACCUCUGUGAUUAAGGCAUUAGAGAUGGAUUUUCUGGACAAAAAUCCAAAAGACAAGACAAUAUCGCAAGAAGAUAUUCAAUUUCUAAAUGUUUUGAAUGAGAAAAUCAAGCACAAUGAAGAGGGACAUCUAGAGAUGCCUCUGCCAUUUAAAGCGCGUCCUCAGCUUCCAAGCAAUAAGCAGCUUGCUACAGUGCGUCUAAAGCAUUUAAGAAGAAAGAUGGAGAAGAAUCCUAAAUACAGGGAGGAUUACAUUAAAUUCAUGGACAAUGUUUUUAGAGAUGGUGAUGCAGAGGAGACAAGUGUGGUCCCUGAAGAAGGCAACAUAUGGUACAUUCCACACCAUGGGGUGUAUCACCCUAGGAAGCCUGAAAAAAUAAGGGUCGUAUUCGAUUGCUCCGCCAAAUUCGAGGGCACCUCUCUGAACGACCACCUGCUCACAGGCCCAGAUUUAACGAACACUUUGACUGGAGUCCUGUGUAGAUUUCGACAACACAAGAUUGCAAUAAAUUGCGAUGUGGAAAAAAUGUUUCAUCGCUUUCACGUCAGCCCAGAAGAUCGGGAUUUCAUGAGGUUCCUGUGGUGGGACAAUGGGAACACGGAAAGUGAGCCCAAGGAAUACCACAUGCGAGUGCACAUAUUUGGUGCUGCGUCAUCACCGGGAUGUGCUAAUUAUGGCAUGAAACACCUUGCCAGUAAAUAUGAGAAGAGCCAUACACUGGCAGCAAGUUUCAUUCGCAAGAAUUUUUAUGUGGAUGACGGGCUGCCCUCAAUGUCAUUGCUCGGAUCCAAAGACUGGCACAUAAAGACAAAACUGGACCCAUCAGUGUUGAGGAACGAAGAGAAGCUACGCUUGUGCUCAUCAGAGCAGCACAGAGAGAGGCCUUCGAAGCAGAACUCAAAUGGUUUAGCCAAAAGUCCAUGA